UUGGUUGUCAUGGCGGACGGACGUGGAGAACUACCGCCUCAGCCGCCGCUUCACCUAUCCCUACCGCCGGCCAGCAAGCGUCCUUGCUUGCGACCUGCUCCUCGUGGACCGGGUCCGGGACCUGGGCCGGGAUAUUCGAACUCUCGUCUUCGCUGUCCGGAAUCUCUUUUGGACUGUGCUGCUAAGGCCGUAGCGGAGAAAUGGGCCUUCGAAAGGGUGGAGGAACGCUUCGAGCGGAUCCCGGAGCCAGUUCAGCGCCGCAUUGUAUACUGGUCAUUCCCAAGGAACGAAAGGGAAAUUUGUAUGUAUUCGUCGUUUCAGUGCCGUGUUGCUGGUGAAGAGGGUCCAGCCGUGGGCUCAAACGCUUCCGUUGGGUCUGGGGCUGUCCCUGGAGGGGUUACAACCACAACAGGGAACACGGGGGCAGGGAGCACCGGAGAUGGGCUCCCUUUCCGCCGGGGGAUCCGGCUUUUGGAGACUGGUUGUGUGGAAAAUGUCUUACAAGUCGGUUUCCACCUCAGCGGCACGGUCAACGAGCCGGCCACGGCGACGGAGCCCGAGGUCACCCACCGCGUGGCCAUCAGCUUCGACCGCUGCAAGAUCACCUCGGUGACGUGCGGCUGCGGCAACCGCGACAUCUUCUACUGCGCGCACGUGGUGGCGCUCUCGCUCUACCGCAUCCGCAAGCCCGAGCAGGUCAAGCUGCGGCUGCCCAUCUCCGAGACGCUCUUCCAGAUGAACCGCGACCAGCUGCAGAAGCUGGUGCAGUACCUCAUCACCGCCCACCACACCGAGGUGCUGCCCACCGCCCAGAAGCUGGCCGACGAGAUCCUCUCGUCCAACUCCCAGAUCAACCAAGUGCACGGUGCGCCGGACCCCACGGCCGGGGCCAGUAUCGACGAUGAUAACUGCUGGCACCUGGACGAGGAGCAGGUCAGGGAACAGGUCAAGCAGUUCCUGUCCCAAGGAGGCUAUUACGGCUCCGGCAAACAGCUCAACUCCAUGUUUGCCAAGGUGCGGGAGAUGCUGCGGAUGCGAGACUCUAACGGCGCCCGCAUGUUGACCCUCAUCACCGAGCAGUUCAUGGCCGACCCUCGUCUGUCGCUAUGGAGACAGCAGGGCACAGGGAUGACGGACAAGUGUCGGCAGCUGUGGGACGAGCUGGGUGCGUUGUGGGUGUGCAUCGUGCUGAACCCCCACUGCAAGAGUGAGGAGAAGGGCGGCUGGCUCAAGCAGCUGAAGAAAUGGAGCGACAUGGACAUCUGCCCUCUGGAGGACGGCAACUACGGCAGCGAGCUGCCCAACAUCACCAACGCCCUGCCACAGAGCAACCUGGCCCAAGUAGACUCUUUGGGGCGGCCGCGGCGUACGGUCUUCACUCGGGCCAUCGAGGCGUGCGACCUGCACUGGCAGGACAGUCACCUGCAGCGCAUCAUCAGCAGUGACUUCUACAUGUCUCCGGCCUACCAGAGAGAGGGCGAGAGCCUGCUCUUCAACCCCCAGGGCCUACCACUCUGGCUGGAUCAUGUGCCGACCGCCUGCGCACGAGUGGACGCGCUCCGUUCCCAUGGUUACCCGCGGGAGGCCCUGCGCCUGGCCGUGGCCAUCAUCAACACCUUGCGGCUACAGCAGCACCGGCAGCUGGACAUUUACAAGCACCAGAAAAAAGAGCUGCUCCAGAGAGGAAUGACCACCACUACAAAUCUCGAGGGGUGGGUGGGCCAUCCCUUGGACCCCAUUGGCUGCCUUUUUGCCACGCUCACGGAGACCUGUCGAGUGGAGGAUGACAACGCCAUGGAUACAGGAGACUCUGGCGAGCCCAAGCCGCCGGUGUACCAGCACGUGUCGGUGUGGGGCUGCCCGGACGGCAGCGAGUCGUACCUGGCGCUGGCGCUGGAGGUGGCGCUGAUGGGCAUGGGGCAGCAGCGGCUGAUGCCCGAGGGCCUGUACGCCCAGGACAAGGUGUGCCGCAACGAGGAGCACAUCAUCGCCAAGCUGCAGGAGCUGGUGCUGGACGAGCUGCUGGUGCAGACGCUGAGGAAGCAGGCCAUCCUGCUGCUGGAGGGCGGUCCUUUCAGUGGCAUGGGCGAGGUCAUCCAUCGGGAGAGUGUGCCCAUGCACACGUUUGCCAAAUACCUGUUCACCGCUCUGCUGCCCCACGACGCUGACCUGGCCUAUAAAGUGGGCCUGCGCGCUAUGAGGCUGCCUGUGCUGGAGUCCUCCGCUCCAUCAGGCGAUGUGGGUCACCAUGGCAUCUCUAUCGUGCCUAGCCGCUACCCGCGCUGGUUCACCCUCGGACACCUGGAGUCUCAGCAGUGUGAAGUAGCUUCCACCAUGCUCACUGCAGCCAAAGGUGACAUGCUGCGACUGCGGACAGUACUCGAGGCGAUCCAGAAGAACAUCCACUCCCCAUCGCUCAUCUUCAAACUGGCCCAGGACGCCUUCAAGAUCGCCACGCCGGCCGACAGCCCUCCGGACAUCACCCUCCUCAACGUGGCCUUAGAGCUCGGCCUCCAGGUGAUGAGGAUGACCCUGUCCACGCUGAACUGGAGACGCAGGGAGAUGGUUCGCUGGCUGGUCACCUGUGCCACGGAAGUCGGCCUGCGCGCUCUGGUCAGCAUCCUGCAGGGCUGGUACACGCUCUUCACUCCGACGGAGGCCACCAGCAUCGUGGCGGCCACCGUCAUGUCGCACAACACGGUGCUGCGGCUGAGCCUGGACUACCCGCAGCGCGAGGAGCUGGCCAGCUGCGCCCGCACGCUGGCGCUGCAGUGCGCCAUGAAGGACCCGCAGAACUGCGCGCUGUCGGCGCUCACGCUCUGCGAGAAGGACCACGUGGCCUUCGAGACGGCCUACCAGAUCGUGAUCGACGCCGCCUCCACCGGCAUGACCUACUCGCAGCUGUUCACCAUCGCGCGCUACAUGGAGCACCGCGGCUACCCGCUGCGCGCCUUCAAGCUGGCGUCGCUGGCCAUGGCGCACCUCAACCUGGCGUACAACCAGGACACGCACCCGGCCAUCAACGACGUGCUGUGGGCGUGCGCGCUCAGCCACUCGCUGGGCAAGAACGAGCUGGCCACCAUCAUCCCGCUGGUGGUGAAGAGCGUGCACUGCGCCACCGUGCUCUCGGACAUCCUGCGGCGGUGCACCAUGACGGCGCCGGGCCUGGCGGGCAUCCCCGGCCGCCGCAACUCGGGCAAGCUCAUGUCGACGGACAAGGCGCCGCUGCGGCAGCUGCUGGACGCCACCAUCAGCGCCUACAUCAACACCACGCACUCGCGCCUCACGCACAUCAGCCCGCGGCACUACGGCGAGUUCAUCGAGUUCCUCAGCAAGGCGCGCGAGACCUUCCUCCUGGCGCAGGACGGACACAUCCAGUUCGCCCAGUUCAUAGACAACCUCAAGCAGAUCUACAAGGGCAAGAAGAAGCUCAUGCUGCUGGUGCGUGAGCGCUUCGGCUGAGGGGGGGAAGGAAGGGCUUUCGUAACGGAACUGGGGUUUUUUGUCGUUGGCGUCGUCGUCAUUGUUCUCGUUGUUGUUGUCAUUUAUUUAAAUCCAUUUUCAUUUCUUUUUCUCCUAUCUUGUUUUGUCAUAUUUUUGGUGAAUUCUUCUUUUUGUUUUUAAUUUUUUUUUUUUUUUAGAUUUUAUCCGUUUUUGAUUUUUAAUUUGUUUUGUGAAUUGUGUGCGUUUGUGUACGUGCGUGUGAGAUUUUGAGUGCGCGUGUGUGUGUGUGUGUGUGUGUGAGAGAGAGAGCAUAAUCGCUGUUCACUAAGUUAUUCUACCAGGUAGAACCUGUGGAAGAUAAGUAGAAACACAAAAAGAAUGGAGGAGUAUUUUUUUGCUUAAUUUAGUAAGAGAAGCAUAUUGUGGUUUGAACAAAAGUAAAAGUGGCACAUAAAGAUAAAACCAAAUGAUAACGUGGGGGGGCAUACUUUGAGCCAGGGGAAAUCUCUCCGUAGACGGGGUCAGGGGAAUGUGUGUUUCAUUUUUCUUUUCUGCAGAAGCUUGAAUACUCAGAAAAACACAAAAAUGCAGAUGGUCAUUCCUUCAAUCAACCACUCACUUAUGCCAGUGUUAAUACCUCGACCGUAUUCCAAGACUCAGCUUUAAUUUGUCUGUGUGUGAAAGAGGAGUCUUCUCGCAGUACGGAGGACAGGAGCAGGUGAUGGAGGGGGGGGGAAGGAGGGGCAUUCCAUAAACGCUCAGCGCCCAGAUACCCCUCAAGACGGCGCCCCCCUGCUUUUGAUCACGCUCAGCUACGCUACCCAACCACUACCCUCACCUCACCGUGCUUCUCUGUACAUCCCCAUAUGGGGUUGAGCGGCAUCUCCUUUUCAAGAACCAACACAAGAGGGUAACAAAAUGGCAGACAGUCAGAGUUAAUGGUGGCAUUAAGCCCAUCCCUCCAUCCGCAGAUGUACUCCAGAUAUGUGAAGGCUGAGGGGGAGGGCGGGGGGGGUGUGAGGUUCAGUGUAGUGGACUACCAGCUAUUGGUCCUGCAUUCAGUUGACCUUCACAUGAGAGUGGGGGAGAAGGGAGGAGUUCCUUUUCUGCUUUUUUCACCUCAUGCUAAUUGUGUUGCACUGUUGUAAGGACAUCUUGGAGAGGAGCAGGAGCCAGGAGCAAGGGUGUGUGUGUGUGUGUGUGCACAAGCACGUCUUAACCUUGUGAUUGAUUAGCCACCCAAAGCCUUGUUUAUCAGAUUUCACCUAACAUUUACGGCUAAGCAAACAGGAAAAAGGCUUGGAUUUGAGUAUCAUCCGUGGCAGUGAAUUUGAUCUUCAAGUCCUCCACUCUAGCCCAAUCAACAGGCUUUGCUCCUGUGGUCAGUAAAAAAAGAAUCCCACUUCGUUGUCACACAUGCAAAAAUAAUCGUCUGAGGACGCAAAGUGUCUCGGAAAUUUGACCCAAUUGACAAAGGUUUUUUUUUUUUGUUUGUGAUUAUUUUCUGGGGGCGGGGUUAAUGAUUGUGUUCUAUCUUCCACAUUCCAUGAUGGCCCCCCCUCCACAAAGUGCCCCAGUGUGAACACUUAGAACGCACUCGACAGCGUGCAGCUGAAGGAACAUGGGAGGAGUGGAGUCAAAAUAAAGAAAAGAAAAGAAACAAAAGGAAAGUUUAAACGUGAAAAGAGAUGCUCAACUCCGUUCUCAGGGAAUCACUUAAAGAAACAAAACGUAGUAGCAGAAGCAUUUAAGAUAUUGUAAAUAUGAAAGUGUCAAUUCAAGAAAAAUUGUAAAGUUAUAAUUAUUUAUGAUGACUGUAUGGUUUUUUUUGUUUGUUCGUUUGUUUGUUUAGGUUUGGUUUCGUGUUUUUUUUUUCAUUUUUUUUUUUCAGAUACUUGAAUUUUUUGUGGGCUGGGAAUGUGACAACAGCAAGAGGAGAGAGGAAAGACUUUUAAAAAUUUCUCAGGUGCUCCUGUGUACUUUUUGAUUUGAUUUGUUUUCAUUUGUAUCUGUUUUGCAACGUGUUUUGCAAGAGAUUGAAGAUAGGAGGACAAAUGUGAGAAGACAUGAACAGACUAUGCAGACCACGUAAUGGUACCCCUCUCCCCGACACACACUCACACAUACCUAGUCACUUGAGCGGUUCCCAGCCUAACUGAAAGACUGGGAUGUUUAUUUUUCCCAAAUUUUUGACAGACACAGACAGACAAAUAGAUACAGCCGGUUCCCAGCUAACAAGUAUCUGCAUGUUGCGCGAACCGCAGCUGGCCUUUGCCUUCAAUAGAUUGACACACAAGUUCUUACUUCAAACUUUAAGCCUUAUUGUAUUCUCUCAAAACACCAGAGUGUGUUUUCAAGACUGUAGCGAUGGAAAAACGUCGCCUUUGGCCCUGUGUUGGCCCGCCAUCGCCCUUCCCUGUGGUGAGAUGCGUUUAUUUUUUUUCUUCCCAACUCGAUGGUCGAUGCUCAGCAAAGGAAAAGAGGGGGUUGAUUUUUUUGAAUGUUUUAUUUUAUUUUAUUGCCUCUUUUGUAGGGACAAGGAGAGGUUACUCUGGAAUGAAUCACUGGGUAGACUCGGUCCGAGGCUCCUCUCAACCAUUCCUCUUUAAAGGACUCCCCUUUGACUAGACAUGCCCAAGUCAUCCUGUGUCUUUUUUUUUCCUUCUUUUGACUUUCUUAGUUCUGCUUUGGGUUUUAGUACUUGUUUGGUUUGGUUAUGGUAACCUCUUCUAGUUCUUGCUGUGAAUCAGCUACCCUCCAGACAGUCAGGCUAGCAACGCGCAGCCUCUUCCACCCGGACCUGUAAUAAGCAUCAAUUGCCACCAUCAUCACCACCCAAUCUCACCUGCAAGUGGGAGAAUGACCUGAGCAGACCAAGGGAAUACUUGCCUUUUUUUCACUAAACAGUUCUGCAGGAUGAGCUAGUGUUGCCUGUUAUAUACAAAAAAAAUCAAACAAUAUUUUUUUUUGUCUCGUAGUGGAAUUAGACGGUCCUAUGCCAUUGCAAAGAAAACGAAAAACAACAAAAAAAUAAAUGAAAAAAAAAACCUCCUUUGGCUUUCCUCAGUCCCUACUCCCAUACUCUGAGUGUCUCUAUGUGUUAACUGUACCAGUGUUUAAACCCGUCCCUAGACUUUAUAGAAGGAAAGCAUAAUAAUCGCUGGUAGAGAUUGUUCACUAGUUCAUCUACUGUUUCAAUUUUGUUUGUUUUUAAUUUUAUUAUUUUUUUACUGUUUAUUUAAGGGAAAGUGUUUGUCGCCUCUUUGUGCUACUGAAUUGUAAGAAAAAAAGGUAUCCAGUAUUUGUUGCCACAAAAGUAUAGUUCAUCAACACUUUUUGUUUGUGCAACCUCUUGAGCUAAUGUCUAUAAACAAAAAUUUAUUACUAUUUAUGUAAUGCUACUACCAUUUUAUAUGAUUUGUGUUGGAAUUUCAGUGCUUUUCUAUGAAUAAAGUGUGAAACACG